ACUAGAGACUAGAGAUCUCGAUGGGCCUAAAAAAACAGAACCCUACCUUCCAGAUCUAGGGUCAGCGAUGCGAACUGUAUUUCAAAGUGAAGUGAUAAUUUUAUCCCCUCUGGGUGUUGGCAACGUGCAGGUUUGAAGUUGCCAUGACGGGCAUCUGUCCUUGUCAACAGAGGUCCAGAUUCUCUAGAUCUUGAUUUGAUCCACCCCUACCCCGACCCCAAGACAAACAAAGUGACUUCUCGUACACACGGUCUGCUACAGCUGCUGCGCUACUGACCCGAGGAUAACAUGAUGAUGACAAUUGGCCACUGAUCCAACUCGUGUGACUUGAGUUUCGUUCUACCCAGACUCUCUGUUCGAGAAGGAUGACGGCUCUUUUGUUCUGUUGUCAUCUUUGUGUAGAGUAGGCCUAGAUUCUAGAUCCAUAGAGAGAGUGGACUUGAGUUUGACUCUGAAUACUUACUGUUGUUAAGUUGUAGAUCUAGAUCUAGAGAUGGCCUGCUAGAUUAGAUCUAACUUGUUUGGCAUUCAUUUGUUAAAGUCUGCCAUAAAAUUAUAACACACACUGCCCAACAAUAUGGCAUUUGUUCCUGUAACAGUUUCACGGCCUCAAGUUUUACCACCUCUGUUUACGUCUCGUAGAUUGUAUGUCCACAUAUUCCUCCUGUUGAUAAUUGUGCUAAUUUUAGUGGUUGUAAGAUUUAUGUCUCACGUUCGUUUGACUUUCGUACAUUACCACAUGGAGAGUGAUACAGAUGCUGAACUCGUGACCUUACCCAAGUCUUUUGCUCGGGAGAAGGGAGCGUUUUGUCUGGAUGGUUCCCCGCCUGCGUACUACUACAGACCAAGUCCUAUCAUUUCCUCCAACCUGUGGAUCAUUUACCUGCCAGGAGGCGGCUGGUGUGUGUCUGAGGAAGACUGUUUUCAAAGGAGUUUAACCUCUCUAGGUUCAAGUCAUGUGGCUCCGACUUCGCUGUCGAUGGACGGGUUUUUAUCCAAAAACUGCAACAACAACCCAGACUUUUGUUGGUGGAAUGUCCUGAUCUUCCAUUACUGCGACGGAGGCUCUUUUCUAGGCAAUCAGUCGCACAAUGUUGACUUCAAGUCUCGCAGCCUGUACAUGAGAGGUGGUCGGAUCUUUGAGGCACUGAUUGAGUACCUUAUGAGCACGACGGGGCUCAAAGAUGCUGAGCAGAUAAUCUUGUCUGGCACUUCAGCUGGCGGCAUUGGUGCGCUGAUCCACACUGACCUCCUGCGGAGUCGCCUGCCCCCCUCGGUGAAGACGCUGCAUGUUCUGGUGGACGGGGCCAUGUUUGUGGACGUGCCGGACGUGGAUGGGCAGCGCUCCAUGGCCAAGAUGCUCAGCUCCUUCUAUCACCUGCACUCGGUCAAAGAUGCCACCAGCAUCCAAGAAUGUACGAGGACUAUGAAGAAGGAAGACACAUGGCGCUGUUUGUUGCCGCAAGUCUACCAGUCGUUCGUCUUCACGCCCGCGUUCUUCAUCCAGUCCAUCUAUGACACCUGGCAGCGGACGAACGUCCUCAAGGUACCCUGCUUCGCCGUCACCUGCCCCGAAGCACACUUGGACGAGGUCUACAAAGCGCGGGACGCGGUACAAUCCAUGGCCCAGCAGAUCAUGACGUCGAGGAAGAACGGCGUGUUCCUCACGGUUUGCCCCGCCCACACCAUCCUGAUCCGGCCGUACUUCUACAAGAAGGAGGUGGGCAACCCCACCAUACAAAAGUCUCUGUCCUCGUGGCUGCAGCACAGCGAAGUACAGACGCACGUGGACGUGAAUCUCCCACUGGAGGCCGCCGUUGAGAUGUGUCAGACCGCGUGAUUUUGUACAAUAUACAACAACAGGGGGUAAAACUAGUAAAAGUAAAGUAUAGCCAUCCCCCCACCCCACACCCCCGUCACACAUAGUUGCCAACCAGUACGUUAAAAACAUAUUUCUUACAUCGUUGAGGGUCUGAGAACACGGAUGUCUGAUUUUAUGAUGGAAAGUACGUGUUCUCUGUUUUCUAUCAAAUGUUUUUAAAAAUUUAAGAACUUUCCAGGCUGGAUUUGUGAAUAAUUAUACAUGAGAACUAAGCCCAUAAGUCUAUUUCAGCCGUGUCCGUUACCAUAGUUACCUAUGGAGCAUGAAUUUGAAUGCAGAAUAUUGUGUGUGAAGGGUUGUAGGAGGGGAGUGGCAUUACUUGGCCAGUGCUCACCGUAUUGACCGGCCUUGUGGGAAGUAUCUGUGUGUGUUUUUGUUUUUGAAAAGUUGGCAGCUAUGCAGAAUGGAUGGUAAAAGUGAAAUGCAACACCCCCUCCCCCACCCCCCAUCCCAUGUCUUUGCACAUUGUAAUGAUCUCUCUUCACUGUUUCUUGUUCUUGGAAGACAAUGUAGCUACAAUCCUGCUCUUGUAAGACAAAGCUGCAAACCCUCUGUGACUCCCACGGUGACACUGGUUAUUGUGUGCAUGGUCAAGCAGUUCAGAAUGGGGAGGCUAUACUUUACUUUUGCCCCCACCCCCCCCACCCCCCACCCCCCAAAUGAUGAAGUCUGUUCAGAAAAAGGUAGAUACUGGGCAUGUCCAAUCAUGACGUUGUCCUUCUGUGUCGCGAAAUCCGCGAUCUCCAUACCCGAUCUCCAUCCCCGAUGCGUCAUUUGCUCAGUUGGUAAGAUGCUGGACUUACAGCAUGGUUGACCCAGGUUCAAUUUCCCAGAAAGAUGUUCUUGAACUUUGGUGACUUGGAGAUGUUCCAAGCCUCUUCACCCUCCUGGCUCUCUGUCUCAUCGGACUUGGAUGUUGAAUUUUAAAGUCCCACAACAUGAACAACGUUUGUAUGGUAUUGUGGUGAAAUCAGGCGCUCGUCAAAAUAAAGAAAUCAAACAAAACCAACAGUUUUUUCGGUGGUUGGGCAUUUUUUAUGGGGGUUUUUUGUGGCUCAACACCUGUUACAUCCAUGUAAAAACAAAUCAGUCCCUUUCAGCUUCUUCAAUAACAAAUAUCUCAACAUCUAUUCAAGUAAGAUGGGGGGGGGGGAGUUUUCAUUCAAAAGCAAGACAAAUGAACAAGCUUUAAGGUGAUU